CUUUGGUCCUCGCUGAUUGGAGCAGCAGGACGUGAACCGGAGUUUCAGAUCUGACGGACUCGUCGGAGUCAGUCAACAGUUUGAAGGAUCAGAACCGGGAUCAGAGGGUAUCAGGACCAGGAGCAGUGUGAUCAGGACCAGGAACAGUGUGAUCAGGACCAGGAACAGUGUGAUCAGUACCGGGAUUCGGCUCCGGUUUCCACAGCAGGAUGAAAACUCUUCCUUAAACACUACGUCAGUAUGACAUCAUCAGGGCCCGCCCCCCCCUCCCUCCCAGUGCACCGUCUUCAGUCUGUCUUAUUCAGGAUCGGACAGAGCUCCGGUCAGUCUUCACUCUGGCUCCACCACUUCCUGUCUUUCUGGAUGUGGAUUAGCUUACAGAUGGUUCAGGUGAGCACAUCCCACCAGCACUUCCACCCACACUCCAUCAAGAUACCUGGUGACAUCACUCUGGGGGGGCUGUUCCCUAUACAUGCCCGUGGCCCCCACGGUCUACCGUGUGGUGAGCUGAAGAAGGAGAAGGGGAUCCACCGUAUGGAGGCCAUGUUGUACGCUUUGGACCAGGUCAACAGCGACCCGAUGCUGCUGCCCAACAUUACGCUGGGGGCCCGCAUCCUGGACACCUGCUCCAGAGACACCUACGCCCUGGAGCAGUCGCUCACCUUCGUCCAGGCGCUGAUCCAGAAAGACACAUCCGACAUACGCUGCUCCAAUGGAGAACCGCCCCUCAUCCGCAAACCAGAAAGGGUGGUGGGUGUGAUUGGGGCGUCGGCCAGCUCUGUGUCCAUCAUGGUGGCCAACAUCCUGAGACUGUUUGAGAUCCCUCAGGUGAGCUACGCCUCCACGGCUCCGGAGCUCAGUGAUAACAAUCGGUACGACUUCUUCUCGCGCGUGGUUCCUCCGGACUCAUACCAGGCUCAGACCAUGCUGGACAUCGUGAAGGCGCUGGGCUGGAACUACGUGUCCACGCUGGCGUCUGAAGGAAGCUACGGAGAGAGCGGAGUCGAAGCCUUCAUGCAGAUCUCCAGAGAGGCCGGGGGCGUGUGUAUCGCUCAGUCGGUGAAGAUUCCUCGCGAGCCGACGGCCGGUGAGUUUGAUAAAAUCGUGAAUCGUCUGAUGGAGACGAGUAACGCCCGAGGAGUGAUCAUCUUCGCCAACGAGGACGACAUCAAGCGUGUCCUCGAGGCAGCGAGACGUGCUAACCUGACGGGUCACUUCCUGUUUGUGGGAUCAGACAGCUGGGGGGCGAAGAGUUCACCAAUCGCAGAGCUUGAAGACGUUGCCGAGGGCGCUGUAACCAUCCUGCCAAAACGAGCGUCGAUAGACGGCUUUGAUGAGUACUUCCUGUCUCGCUCUCUGGAGAACAAUCGGAGGAACAUUUGGUUUAACGAGUUCUGGGAGGAUGACUUCAGGUGCAAACUGACCCGCCCUGGGAUCAAACUGGACCCUGACAAGAAGAAAUGUACAGGUCAGGAGAAGAUCGGUCGGGACUCGGCGUACGAGCAGGAGGGGAAGGUUCAGUUUGUGAUCGACGCCGUGUACGCGGUGGCGAACGCUCUGCACAACAUGAAGCAGGAUCUGUGUCCCGGCAGCUCCGGAGUCUGUGACAACAUGGACCCCGUGGAGGGACGGCUGCUGCUCGAAUACAUCCGAGCGGUCAACUUCAACGGAAGUGCGGGUACGACAGUUCUGUUUAAUGAGAACGGAGACGCUCCGGGUCGUUACGACAUCUUUCAGUACCAGCUGACCAAUCACAGUCAUCCUGGAUACCAUGUGAUCGGCCAAUGGACCAAUAACCUGAGACUCAACCUGGAGGAGAUGCAGUGGUCUGGAGGAGAUAAAUCUGUUCCAGGGUCAGUUUGCAGUUUUCCAUGUAAUCCAGGAGAGAGGAAGAAGAUGGUGAAGGGGGUCCCCUGCUGCUGGCACUGUGAGCUCUGUGAUGGGUACCAGUACCAGGUGGAUGAGUUUAACUGUGAGACCUGUCCAUCAGACAUGCGCCCUGCCCCCAACAGGACUACCUGUCGACCGACUCCGAUCAUCAAAUUGGAGUGGAACUCCCCCUGGGCCCUAGUGCCAGCCUCUCUUGCCAUGCUUGGUAUCCUAGCAACCAGUGCAGUGGUGAUCACCUUCAUCCGCUUCCAUGACACGCCCAUCGUCAGGGCGUCAGGGAGGGAGCUCAGUUACGUCCUUCUGACAGGUAUCUUCCUGAUCUACUUGAUCACCUUCCUGAUGAUCGCUGAACCAGGUGUGUUUGCCUGUGCGUUCCGGCGCCUCCUGCUGGGCCUCGGUAUGGCGAUCACGUACUCUGCCAUGUUGACCAAAACCAACCGGAUCUACCGGAUCUUCGAACAGGGCAAGAGGUCUGUGACUCCCCCCAAAUUCAUUAGCCCCACCUCCCAGCUCAUCAUCACCUUCAUCCUCAGCUCCGUCCAGGUCCUUGGCGUCUUCGUAUGGUUUGCUGUUGUCCCUCCACACACCAUCAUCGACUAUGAGGAGCUCCGCCCCCCGAACCCUGACCUGGCCCGAGGCAUCCUGAAGUGUGACAUGUCAGACCUGUCAAUCAUCUGCUGCCUCACAUACAGCAUCGUGCUCAUGGUAACGUGUACUGUGUAUGCAGUGAAGAGUCGCGGUGUUCCAGAAACGUUCAACGAAGCCAAACCGAUCGGUUUCACAAUGUACACCACCUGCAUCAUCUGGCUCGCCUUUGUACCCAUCUUCUUUGGCACUGCCCAGUCUACAGAGAAGAUGUUCAUCCAGACGGCCACUUUGACCGUCUCCAUGUCUCUCAGUGCCUUUGUGUCCCUCGGGAUGCUCUACAUGCCGAAGGUUUACGUCAUCAUCUUCCACCCAGAGCAGAACGUCCAGAAGAGGAAAAAGAGCUUCAAGGCCGUUGUCCAGGCUGCCAAGAUGAGCGGGAAACAGAAUGGAGAGACAAAGAUUGAACCGGACAGGUCGCAGUAAAAGCUCCAAGCAUUCAGGAUGGAUCCUGAUAAAAUGUGACUCAAUCAUGUUUCUGACAUCACAAUCAAAACCCUCCAGAUGAUCAACAAGUCGCUGCACAUGACCGACAGGUUGCUGCACAGGAUCAACACAUUGUUAUAAAUGAUCAACAUGUUUUAAAGAUGCUCAACAUCAUCCCUGAGAUGAUCAACAAGAUGCCCCAGAUGAUCAACAUGGUCCCUCAGAUGAUCAACAAGAUGCCCCAGAUGAUCAACAUGGUCCCUCAGAUGAUCAACAUGGUCCCUCAGAUGAUCAACAAGUUGCCCCAGAUGAUCAACAUAGACAGAUUAGCAUAUUUUGUCCUUUUCUUUGAUACGAUUCAGGAGUUUUCCUUAAUUUCUGGAUUUCUGUUGCAAUUUGAAUACAAAUUGCAAUAAAUUUUUGUCCUCGUUGUCGA